UACGGGCACAUUUGUUUCUUAGUGCUCGCUGAGAGGGGACUCAGCUAGAGCUGCUGCUCAGAGGCUGCCUCUCACUGGAAGGAUGCAGACGGUGAAAGAGGAGAUUCUACUACAGUUAAUUAAGGAGCACUCCACACGUGCCUAUAAAUGCGAAGGGGCAAAUGAAUUCAGUGUCAGUGGGAGCAACUCUUCAAGGGGAAGCAGUGAUAUUUCAAAGGUGGAAUUGAAAGAGCUGUAAAUCUAUUUCCUGACACCGGCUUGACCGUCAUUUCUGAAUCACUGGACUGUUGCUAUCAAAGUGUGGAGCGGGAAAGCAGAGUCAGUGGAGUUCUCUCCUCGAGCCAAAUUCAGUUAUUGGAUGGGAUCAACAUGAGAAGCAUUAUGGAUGGAUUUAUGUCAUUCUGUUGAGAUAUUUAUAUAGUCUUUAUUGGGUUGCUCAGCAGAUGUGUCCUGUCAUGUCCUGGCUGCUCUGCCUGUGCCUCUGGGUCAGUGUGACUACCAUUCAGCUCUGUCAGGCCACUUUCUACGACACCAUUCAACAGCAUCAUGGGACGAGGCCUGGACGAACCACCAUCCACAUGAUCGAAGGGGGCACAUGUGAAGUAAUUGCUGCUCACAGAUGCUGUAAUAAGAAUCGUAUUGAGGAGCGGUCACAGACAGUCAAGUGUUCUUGUCUGCCGGGGAAGGUGGCUGGAACCACCAGAAACAGACCUUCAUGUGUCGACGCAUCCAUAGUAAUUGGGAAGUGGUGGUGUGAGAUGGAGCCUUGCCUGGAGGGGGAGGAAUGUAAGACACUCCCUGACAACUCAGGCUGGAUGUGCUACGCCGGCAACAAGAUCAAAACCACAAGGUUUCCCCCUUCCUUUUUUGUCAGAACACUCAGCCAUACACAACAUCAACAUAUUAACACUUUGUGGAAAGGAUGCGAGGGAAUGCCUCUGGUGCAAAGGUUAAUCUGCAGCACUGUCACGGGCCCAAUUAGCACAAAGACAAUGAACCUAUUGUUGCUUUAAGAAAUGUGAACACUUCUCAGAUUAAAGUGUAAAAAGAUGUAGAAUACAUAACGCACAUCCUGCUCAAGGCUACUGAAAAUAUUGACGCUCCAAGCUGCCUGCGGGGAACUUCAUCAUAACCUUGUAAUGAAUAUAUUUUCAUCAUUUUCUUUCCAACAUUGAGAUGGAACGUGAAUAUCUGGGCAUUUGGAUUAAUAUCUGAAGAGCAUCUGGCGUCCCUCCGCAGACAUCAAUAAAAGUGAUGUUCGCUACGUUGCACCAGACAGGACAGGAAUACAUCAAAGGACAUGGGAUGAGCAAGAACAGUAGUUGACAGCCCUCAGGUUUUUCUUUUUUUGUGGAAACAUUGUAAGAGGAAAAAUAUUGUACAAAUUGUUUGUCCUUUCUUGUGUACAUAAAAUUUAUUUAUGGUGGUGAUGAAAAACGAUCAUUCGAGUCUCUGAACGCAGUCAUGAUCUUCCCUCUUGUCGCCCAUAAAACCCAACACAGCCAAAGUUUGACGAGUUCAAGGGUGUGAUUUUAAGAUGAACUAGAUGCAUUGUGAGGGAGAUGUUUUACAAAUACAGCUUGUGUGUCUUCAUUCUGUAUAUUUUACCAUUUGUUUGUACGGUAAUGUAUGCCUUUGAUCACCUCUUAAAUGGCUUUACCAGUCGAAUUUGGUAACGUGUCAGCUACCCUGAAACUGAUUGAUUCACCAAAAAUGUGAUAACAAUAGGUUGUUUUCGAUACUUGAAAUGCCUUAUUUGUGUCAAAUCGUUUAAAUAAUGAUAUUGUACAUACAAAGCCAUCUAUUGAAAUGUGCUGAAAUUUCAUUAAAGUAAUUGUUCCUGUA